UCCUGAGGAGCAGGAAAGGGUGAAGAACUUCCGAAAAGCUUACGGAGCAACCAAGUUCGGCCACGUCACAGUUGACAUGAUGUAUGGAGGUAUGUGUGGCAUCAAGGGGUUGGUGUGCGAGACAUCUGUUCUUGAUCCUGACGAGGGAAUCCGUUUCCGUGGUUACUCAAUUCCCGAAUGUCAGAAACUACUUCCUAAGGCCAAGGGUGUGUUCUGGCUGCUCAUCAUUGGACAAGUUCCAAAUCAAGCUCAGGUGCAAGCAGCCUCAAAGGAGUGGGCAAAACGUGCAGCUCUACCAACACACGUGGCGACAGUGUUGUACAACUUCCCUUCUACCCUGCAUCCCAUGUCGUAGUUGAGCAGUGCCAUUACAGCAGGAAGUUCGGUGAGCAAUUUUGCCCGGGCAUACUCCUCUGGAGUACACAAAUCGAAAUACUGGGAGUAUGUUUACGAAGACGCGAUGGAUCUAAUCGCAAAACUCCCCGUCGUAGCAGCGACCAUCUACCGCAACACGUACCGUCAUGGUAAGGGCGCUGGGGCCAUCGAUGCCAGCAAGGACUGGAGUCAAAACUUCUCUCAGAUGCUGGACUAUGAUAAACCAGAGUUUACAGAACUCAUGAGAUUGUACCUCACAAUCCACAGCGAUCACGAGGGAGGCAAUGUGAGUGCCCACACUGUUCACCUCGUUGGCUCGGCGUUGUCGGACUCGUACCUCUCAUUUGCAGCUGGUAUGGAUGGCCUCGCAGACCCUCUUCACGGUUCAGCGAAUCAGGAGGUAUUAAUAUUCCUCAAGAAACUGCAGAAAGAGUUGGGUGACAACGCGUCAGACGAUGCAGUGAAAGAGUUCAUCUGGAGAACAUUAAAGAGUGGACAGGUGGUUCCAGGCUACGGUAACACUGUUCUUCGUAAGAUUGAUCCACGCUUCGCCUGCCAGAUGGAGUUCGCACAGAAACAUUUGCCCAUCGACCCACUUUUCAGGCUGGUGUCGCAGGUGUACAAAGUGGUUCCUCCCAUUCUCAUGGAGACAGGCAAAGUCAAGAAUCCGUGGCCCAAUGUGGACGCUCACUCCGGUGUACAUCUUCAGUAUUACGGUCUGAAGGAGAUGAACUUCUACACAGUCUUGUUUGGUGUAUCUCGUGCCUUGGGAGUGCUGGAAUCUCUGGUAUGGACAGGGCUUGUGGCCUCCCUAUUGAACGGCCCAAGUCACUGUCAACUGAGGAACUGAUGAAAAACAUCAAGGCUUAGAGACUUGCGCAGUGAAAGUUCGCAGAAAACCAAGAGACACAAGGCAUGUUUAGUGGCCGAAAUUCUUGAUGGAACAGAAGUCUUAAGAGCCUAAUGUUCCCACCGCAGAGCACUACCAGUCAGUUUUGGGUUCCCACGAGGGUCCAAUCCAUAGAUGAUCACAUAUACCAAUCCCCUACGCUGGAUCGGCAGUGAUCCAAAGGACACCAGACGACCAUAGCAAGAAAUUGGAUAAGUUAUAACGGAUUUGUAAACCUUUUUGUAAUUGGAUAGGCAACGAACCGGGUGGAUCGUUUCCUAUCCAAAACACAUCUACGCACAAAAAAAUGUAUAAAAUUUGUUAAUAAAGGAAGCACACAGAGAGAGGCUACCGUUAGGGCUCGCAAUUCUAAAUACCGGACUGCUGGCUAGAAGUCAGUAUGCAUCCGGAAGGUCCUGCGACCGGCCAACUCGACCAAGACUUUCCGUGGUUUUCCUUGGUCCUAGAGCAAAUUUCAGAAAUUAGUUAAACUUUGUCAUCUUUCUGUGUUAU